UAUGUUGUUUCCUCCUAUCAGCAUGGCACAUGAUACUAGUAGGUACCGGAAAAAUUCCUCAUCCCACCAACAUGUGUUCCGUAGUAUACAAUUAUCAACCAGCUGCUGCUGCUGCUGGUGGGCUCAUCGAAAUCAGAAACGUGGCUUUUUACGUUAGGUUGAGAACAUGAGAAUCAUACGAUCGUAUGAUUCUACAAUCGAUGACCCCAAACCUAACCCGUCUCGCGGAUGGGAUUAAAUUUUUGGCGAUUGUAUAUAAAUGAGGAGAUUCUUUCAGUUCGCUAAAAGAGUUCCACGGUGAUGGUUCGGUGGUGAAGGUUUUGGCACAUUGUGAUCUCUUUGUUUGACUGUGAUUAAUUUAGGGAAAAAAAAACUGUAGCAGAAUUUCCAGCAAAUAUUAAACGCUGAACUUCAAAACCAACACGCAGUUCCAAUUCGUUCACCGAACAGAGAGCAGCAUGGAUCGCUGGCAGGGAAAGGUAGCUAUCGUGACCGGUGCCAGUUCCGGCAUGGGUGCCGCCACAGCCGUAAAACUAGCUUCGGCCGGCAUGAUCACCGUUGGACUGGCCAGACGUGUCGAACGGGUGGAGGCGUUGCGAGACAACUUGCCGGCGGAGAUCGCUGCACGGUUGUACCCGUUCCGAUGUGACGUGUCCUGCGAGGAGGACAUCCUGAAGGCAUUUGCCUUUGUUGAAGACAAUUUUGGCGGGGUGGACGUUCUGAUCAGCAACGCUGGAACGUACAAGUGUGUGGACUUGCUGGCCGAGGAUAAUUCCGAUGUGCUGAGGGAAUCGCUGGCCGUGAACGUGUUGGCCGCGGCCUUUUGUAGCCGUGAAGCUGUGAAAUCGAUGAAGCGUCGUUCAGUUGCAGGACACAUCAUCCUAAUCAACAGUAUCGAGGGCCACAAGGUGCCAGUUUACCCCGGGGCCAAUCUGUAUCCGGCCGGCAAGCACGCCAUCACGGCCAUCACGGAAACCAUACGGAACGAGCUCCGGACGGCGGGAACCAAAAUCAAGGUCACGAGCGUCAGCCCCGGACUGGUGAAGACUGAAAUGAUAGACGUGUGCGGUACGAUCGCCUACGGCGGAGAAGAUAUUACGAGUUUGCCCAUGCUGCAGCCGGACGAUAUUGCCGACGGGAUUCUGUACGUUUUGGGAACACCUCCGCACGUUCAGGUGCACGAGUUGACCAUCAAGCCCGUCGGGGAACCGGUGUAAAGUGAUGUGAUUUUUUUUUGUUCAGAGAUAAAUUUGUAAAUAAUAAAAAUCAUUCACUAUUUACGA